CAAGCCAACAAGUUUGGAGAGAAUGUAGAGUUUAAUCAAUUCAGAACCUCGCGAUGGAGCCCAACUCACUCAUGUGGGUCGGCUCGCCUUGCGGUUCACACGGACCUUACAUUUUCUACAAGGCUUUUAGGUUUCACCUUCAUAGCAAACCAAGAAUAUUGUCCCUUGGCGACUUUUUCUUCGUGAGAUGUAAGCCAGGGGAUUCCAUUUGUGUAGCAGAACUCCAGCUGCUGUGGGAAGAAAGGACAACCAAACAACUUUUAUCCAGCUCCAAACUUUAUUUUCUCCCUGAAGAUACCCCCCAGGGGAGAACUGUCACCCACGGAGAGGAUGAGCUCAUCGCAGUGUCCGAGAAGGUGGUUGUGCGGUUGGAGGACCUGGUGAAAUGGACGGAGUGGGACUCGUCAGGAUGGACCAAGGGACUGAAAGCUGUGCCCCUCAAGCCCAGUACAGUACUCCGGGAGCAGGGCAAGAAUGGUCAGAGAGAGCCCCAUCUGCUUCGCUACCGAGAGUCGACGCUCAACAGUGGCCUGAACUUCAAAGAUGUUGUAAAGGAGAAGGCUGAACUUGGUGAGGGAGGGGACCAGAAGCGAGCUGUGGUUCUGAGCUACCCCCAGUACUGCCGGUAUCGCUCGGUCCUGGCCCGGCUCCGGGAACGUCCUCCGUCGCUGCUGACCCAGCAGGUGGUUCUGGCACUGGGCGGCAUUGCCUCGCUCACCAGCAACACGCACAUUCUGUACUGCAGGGAUACCUUCGAACAUCCCACACUGCUGGACAACGAGAGUGUCUGUGAUGAGUUUGCUCCAAACCUGAAGGGGCGGCCGCGGAAGAAGAAACCGUCAGUGUCACAGCGACGAGAGUCCCUGGGGCAGGGCACUGUGGUGGGCAAGGAGGCUGGCAGCACUGAGGGCAAGGCCUCCGUCAAGGUGAAGCCAGACAGUAAGACAGCAGCGCCAGCCAAGUCUAGGGCCGGCAGUAGCAGCAGCAGCAGUAGCAGCAGUAAGAGGGGCUCGUCCUCAGAGGAGAAGAACCAGGCCCUGGAGGGAGGGUCAGGAGACGAGUGUCGGGCUGAGGAGCAGGCCUUCCUGGUGGCUCUCUACAAAUAUAUGAAGGAGAGGAAGACCCCCAUCGAGAGGAUCCCUUACUUGGGCUUCAAACAGAUCAAUCUGUGGACCAUGUUUCAAGCUGCACAGAAACUGGGAGGGUACGAGCUGAUAACAGCGCGCCGACAGUGGAAACAGGUUUAUGAUGAGUUGGGUGGAAACCCAGGCAGCACCAGCGCAGCAACCUGCACUCGCAGACACUACGAGAGGCUGAUCCUGCCCUAUGAGAGGUUCACUAAAGGCGAGGAGGAUAAGCCCCUCCCACCGGCCAAGCCCCGCAAGCUGGAGGCGGGCCCCCAGGAAGGGGGCGUGGCCAAGACAAAGGCUGGGUCCACUGUGAAGCGGCCCAAGGAGGAACAAUCCCAGAAACCCAAGGGUGACAAAGAUGCAGCAGCCAUAGUCCUGGAGCCCUCAGUAUCGCAGGAUUCAGAGGACUCUGAGAAGUCCCAGGAGGAGGAGUCCCAGGUGAAGACAGAACCCCAGAUAGCCUCGCCUUCCCUGCAGGCCAGUGGCGAGGGGCGGGCCAGCGGCGAUGAAGACGAGGAGCUACAUCUGACAGUGAAGGAGGAGGUGACACACGAUGGGUGUGGCCAGGAAAAGGAUGUGCAAUGCCACUCGGCCCCAUGGGAUUCCGAUUCCCACCAGCCAGCUCUAUCAAUACCAGAGGACGAUGAUGUAUUUCCUGUUGUCACUCCUGAACCGGUCGACCACUCCCACCCAGCCAAGGACCUGUUGCAGAGAGAGCAGGCUGAGCUCGGAGGUUCCUGUACCCAGGGCAAGGGUGAUCAGGCUGGGCUGGAGGACCAGUGCCAUGUUGGUAUGGUCCUUCCCACCUUGAAGCAGAGACCCCACCAGCCCUCCACAGUUUCAGCACCAGAACCCCCCUCAGAGAGAGCUGAGCUUCCCCCCAGAGAGGACUCCUGUUCUAGCUACAGCCCACAUCUUUACCCCCACAGAGCCAACCCUGGCAUCAUGUCCCCACUGGCUAAGAAGAAGCUGCUGUCACAGGUCAGUGGGAGUGGACUGCCCAAUCACAAUCACUAUGCUUCUUACGGUCCGCCCCCACCGUUGAUCAGCAAAGCCUUGGCCAAUGGCAGCACAGAGGAGCCAGCUGGGCAGCCAGCCAUGGGCUCGGCGGCGGAUGUGGGGCUAAUUCAUCGUCCGUCAGUGAUCCAGCAUGCCCAGAGCUCCAAACCACGUGGGGGAGAGGAGAGGAGGGAGGGGCUGCAGAGAGACACAGUGGCAGCAGGCGAGACAUACCCCUGCAGUGAUCUACCCAAGCAUCACCCACACCCCUACCCUCACCCCCAGCCUCAACCUCACCCUUACCCUUACCCCCAUCCUCAGGCUCAGUCCCAGCCUCACUCCCACCACCACCUCCACCAUCCCUCAGCUGAACCCUACCUGUUGAGGGAGGAGGAGGACAGGGCUCCAGAGAUGCCCAGGCCAGGCCAGACCCCCAGCUUCCUCAGUGACUUCUACUCCUCUCCACACCUCCACAGCCUGUACAGGCAGACCGAGCACCACCUCACCCAGGGACAAGCACAGGGCCACGGGGAGAGGGAGAGGCUGGGUGAGCUGGGGAGGUACCGAGAGGCCUGCUUACCCAGAGAGUGUGAGACCACUCCUGGGUUCCCCCCAACCUCUCAGCCCCACCCCGACUCGACCUCUGCCGCUGUCUCCAUAGGUUAUGGUGCGCGCAUGAGUCAGCAGGACAAGAUGGUUCCCAGUAGCAACGGGGAGAAGACAACAGCGACAUCAGAGGACCAACCCACAGACCUCAGUCUCCCUAAAUUAUCACCUCACAAACAUUCUCGCGCCCAUUCCCACACACACACUGUCCCCCACCACCACCACCCACACCAGCAUCCCACAAUGCAUCAGGAGGUGAAGGCCCCCCUUCUAUUCCAGACCAGCAGUCCUCAGGGGUCUGGUGGGGAGUACCACCCCCGUGCAUGCAGGGUGCCCCCCAUGACCAUGACCCCCCCCACCCACACCCCCAGACAGGCACUGGCUGUAGACCCCAAUCCCAGGACCUCAGAGAGGGCCUCCAACGGUCGAGGGGGGGGGAGAGGAGGCGAGGACGCGAGUCUGGGCGGGGGCUACAAGGUGGACGUGCUGAGAGGGAGCAGUCGCUCCCCCAUCCUGAACGCCAAGGUCAGCCCUCACAACGUGUGCACCGCCCGGCCCCUCAAGAGGACGCUGGAGGAGCUGGAGAACCACGCCCCCGAGAGGAAGAUCCGAGCCGUCACGCCCAUGCACUCCUCCUCCUCCUCCUCCUACUCCUCAGCCAUACCUAAGGAUGUGCCCAGCACGCCCACUCCUCCGCUGAGAAAGGCUCGCUCUCCUGAGCUGGACAGUGACUUGAUGGUGCUGAAACCUGGCGAGCCCAUGCACACUCACGCCAACGUGCACAUCAGCGGCUUUCUAGAUGGACACAAGUUCCCGCUUCACUCCGCCCCCAUCUUCCCUGGACUUUACCCAGGGGCCUUUGUGUCCCAUGUCCAGGACAUGUGUGACGGCCUGGGCUCCCCCCUGCCCCACGGCUACCCCCCACACCCCUUGCAGUACUUGAAGAACCAAGCGGUGCUUUCCCCCAUAGUGCCGCCCUUCGCCAUCCAUUCCUUCAUGAUGCAGAGACAGCUAUUGGCGCAGGCAGCCACGAGUCCCGCCCACAUGUACCGCCACCCAAUGGGAGCUUCAUAUGGUGAGCUCCUGCAUCAUGGACUGUACCCCAUGUCUGCACUUGCCCCCCAACCAGCUUUCAACCCCCCCCAGCUCUCUUCAGUACAUCCCAGCACUAAACUCUCCUAAACAUCACCCUCGCUCAAAGACACUCAGUAACCCAGCUCAAGUCUACUAGUUCAGUCAUCCACGCUGUCUGUACCCCACACUAUAUUUCAUGAUUAUUCUACUCCGAUAGGCACACACUUAUUUCUCCCAGACAAGCAUAAAGUGACACACAAUUGUAAACAGAGACAGUGGAAGCCAAUGCUUGAUUCUGGGGACAAUCUUAGUUGAUUUGCCACUUAUGUUUACGAUUUGCACAUUUCUUUAUUUUUUACAGAGGUGAUUGUCUUUUGUUUUCAUAGCGCCAUGGUAGGCCUCAGAACGUUAGUACUGCCUGGCCUGGCCUGGCUUGGCUUGGCCUGGCCUGGCCUGGCCUGGCCUGGCCUGGCCUGGCCUGGCCUGGCC